GGCUGCGGCGCUGGGGGCGGGGCGGCCUGGCCCGGGACACCCCCUCCCGGUCCCCUGGCGGGGCGGCUUCGGCUCCCGCAGCACUGGAGGCAGCAGCGGCCGGAGGGCGACUUGCGGGGCGCGCCCGCCCGCCGCGGACCGGGACGCUUUCCUCUCCGGGACCCUGUGCCGACUCCCUCCGCCGCGCUGUCCCGCGGGAGCCGGCGGGACCCCCGGCCGACAGGGAGCGCCGGCGGCGGCCGCGGCACCAUGAGGCGGCUGUGGGGCGCGCUGCUGCUUGGCGCCCUGCUCUGCGCACACGGCCUCGCCAGCAGCCCCGAGUGUGCUUGUGGUCGUAGCCACUUCACGUGUGCGGUGAGUGCCCUCGGCGAGUGUACCUGCAUCCCUGCGCAGUGGCAGUGUGACGGGGACAACGACUGCGGGGACCACAGCGAUGAGGACGGCUGUAUGCUGCCCACCUGCUCUCCUCUUGACUUUCACUGUGACAAUGGCAAGUGCAUCCGCCGCUCCUGGGUGUGUGAUGGGGACAACGACUGCGAGGACGACUCGGACGAGCAGGACUGUCCCCCCCGGGAGUGUGAGGAAGAUGAGUUCCCCUGCCAGAACGGCUAUUGCAUCCGGAGCCUGUGGCACUGCGACGGGGACAAUGACUGUGGUGACAACAGUGAUGAGCAGUGUGACAUGCGCAAGUGCUCUGACAAGGAAUUCCGCUGCAGUGACGGAAGCUGCAUCGCCGAGCACUGGUAUUGCGACGGUGACACCGACUGCAAAGACGGCUCUGACGAGGAGAGCUGUCCCUCAGCAGUGCCAGCGCCGCCCUGCAACCUGGAGGAGUUCCAGUGUGCCUACGGCCGCUGCAUCCUCGACAUCUACCACUGUGACGGGGAUGAUGACUGCGGAGACUGGUCAGACGAGUCCGACUGCUCCUCCCACCAGCCCUGCCGCUCGGGAGAGUUCAUGUGUGACAGUGGCCUGUGCAUCAACGCGGGCUGGCGCUGUGAUGGCGAUGCGGACUGUGAUGACCAGUCAGAUGAGCGCAACUGCACCACCUCCAUGUGUACGGCUGAACAGUUCCGCUGCCGCUCAGGCCGCUGCGUCCGCCUGUCCUGGCGCUGUGAUGGGGAGGACGACUGUGCAGACAACAGUGAUGAAGAGAACUGUGAGAACACAGGAAGCCCCCAGUGUGCCUCGGACCAGUUCCUGUGCUGGAACGGGCGCUGCAUCGGGCAGAGGAAACUGUGCAAUGGGGUCAACGACUGUGGGGACAACAGUGACGAAAGCCCACAGCAGAACUGCCGGCCCCGGACGGGUGAGGAGAACUGCAAUGUUAACAACGGUGGCUGCGCCCAGAAGUGCCAGAUGGUGCGGGGGGUGGUGCAGUGUACCUGCCACACGGGCUUCCGGCUCACCGAGGAUGGGCACAUGUGCCAGGAUGUGAAUGAAUGCGCUGAGGAGGGGUACUGCAGCCAGGGCUGCACCAACAGCGAAGGGGCCUUCCAGUGCUGGUGUGAAGCAGGCUAUGAGCUCCGACCUGACCGGCGCAGCUGCAAGGCUCUGGGGCCGGAGCCUGUGCUACUGUUCGCCAAUCGCAUCGACAUCCGGCAGGUGCUACCGCACCGCUCCGAAUACACGUUGCUGCUCAACAACCUGGAGAACGCCAUUGCCCUUGACUUCCACCACCGGCGUGAGCUCGUCUUCUGGUCGGACGUCACCCUGGACCGGAUCCUCCGUGCCAACCUCAACGGCAGCAACGUGGAGGAGGUUGUAUCUACAGGGCUCGAGAGUCCAGGGGGCCUGGCUGUGGAUUGGGUCCAUGACAAGCUCUAUUGGACCGACUCAGGGACAUCAAGGAUUGAGGUGGCCAACCUGGACGGUGCCCAUCGGAAGGUGCUGCUGUGGCAAAACCUUGAGAAGCCCCGGGCUAUUGCCUUGCACCCCAUGGAGGGUACCAUUUACUGGACAGACUGGGGCAACACCCCCCGCAUUGAGGCCUCCAGCAUGGAUGGCUCUGGACGCCGCAUCAUCGCUGAUACUCAUCUCUUCUGGCCCAAUGGCCUCACCAUUGACUAUGCGGGCCAUCGUAUGUACUGGGUGGAUGCUAAGCACCACGUCAUCGAGAGGGCCAAUCUGGACGGGAGUCACCGCAAGGCUGUCAUUAGCCAGGGCCUCCCCCAUCCCUUCGCCAUCACCGUGUUUGAAGACAGCCUGUACUGGACAGAUUGGCACACCAAGAGCAUCAACAGUGCUAACAAAUUCACUGGCAAGAACCAGGAGAUCAUUCGCAACAAGCUCCAUUUCCCCAUGGACAUCCACACCCUGCACCCCCAGCGCCAGCCCGCAGGGAAGAACCGCUGUGGGGACAACAAUGGCGGCUGCACCCACCUGUGUCUGCCCAGUGGCCAGAACUACACCUGCGCCUGCCCCACAGGCUUCCGCAAGAUCAGCGGCCACGCCUGUGCCCAGAGUCUUGACAAGUUCCUGCUUUUUGCCCGAAGGAUGGACAUCCGUCGGAUCAGCUUUGACACCGAGGACCUGUCCGACGAUGUCAUCCCACUGGCUGACGUGCGCAGUGCUGUGGCCCUUGACUGGGACUCCCGGGAUGACCACGUGUACUGGACAGAUGUCAGCACUGACACCAUCAGCAGGGCCAAGUGGGAUGGAACAGGACAGGAGGUGGUAGUGGAUACGAGUUUGGAGAGUCCAGCAGGCUUGGCCAUUGAUUGGGUCACCAACAAGCUCUACUGGACAGAUGCGGGUACAGACCGGAUUGAAGUGGCCAACACAGAUGGCAGCAUGAGGACAGUUCUCAUCUGGGAGAAUCUUGAUCGUCCCCGGGACAUCGUGGUGGAACCCAUGGGCGGGUACAUGUAUUGGACUGACUGGGGUGCAAGCCCCAAGAUUGAACGAGCUGGCAUGGAUGCCUCCGGCCGCCAGGUCAUCAUCUCUUCCAAUCUGACUUGGCCUAAUGGAUUAGCCAUUGACUACGGGUCCCAGCGGCUUUACUGGGCAGAUGCUGGCAUGAAGACGAUUGAAUUUGCUGGACUGGAUGGCAGCAAGAGGAAGGUGCUGAUUGGAAGCCAGCUCCCCCACCCCUUUGGGCUGACCCUGUACGGAGAGCGCAUCUAUUGGACUGACUGGCAGACCAAGAGUAUACAGAGCGCAGACCGACUGACGGGGCUAGACCGGGAGACCCUGCAGGAGAAUUUGGAGAACCUUAUGGACAUCCAUGUCUUCCACCGCCGGCGGCCCCCAGUGUCCACGCCAUGCGCUAGGGAGAAUGGAGGCUGCAGCCAUCUGUGUCUUCGGUCCCCAAAUCCGAGUGGCUUCAGCUGUACCUGCCCCACGGGCAUCAACCUGAUGCCUGAUGGCAAGACCUGCUCACCAGGCAUGAACAGUUUCCUCAUCUUCGCCAGGAGAAUAGACAUACGCAUGGUCUCCUUGGACAUCCCUUAUUUUGCUGACGUGGUGGUACCUAUCAACAUUACCAUGAAGAAUACCAUUGCCAUUGGAGUAGAUCCCCAGGAAGGAAAGGUGUACUGGUCAGACAGUACCCUGCACAGCAUCAGCCGUGCCAAUCUGGAUGGCUCGCAGCAUGAGGACAUCAUCACCACAGGGCUGCAGACCACAGAUGGGCUCGCGGUGGAUGCCAUUGGCCGGAAAGUGUACUGGACAGACACGGGAACCAACCGGAUUGAAGUGGGCAACCUGGACGGGUCCAUGAGGAAAGUGCUGGUGUGGCAGAACCUGGACAGCCCACGGGCCAUUGUGCUGUACCAUGAGAUGGGGUUCAUGUACUGGACAGACUGGGGGGAGAACGCCAAGCUGGAGCGGUCUGGAAUGGACGGCUCAGACCGGACCGUGCUCAUCAGCAACAACUUAGGAUGGCCCAAUGGGCUGACCGUGGACAAGGCCAGCUCCCAACUGCUCUGGGCUGAUGCCCACACUGAGCGAAUUGAGGCUGCCGACCUGAACGGUGGCAGCCGGCACACGCUGGUGUCCCCCGUCCAGCACCCCUAUGGCCUCACUCUGCUUGACUCCUAUAUCUACUGGACUGACUGGCAGACCCGGAGCAUCCACCGUGCCGACAAGGGGACCGGCAGCAAUGUCAUCCUGGUGAGGUCCAAUCUGCCAGGCCUCAUGGACAUUCAAGCCGUGGACCGGGCACAACCACUGGGUUCUAACAAGUGUGGCUCUAGAAAUGGCGGCUGCUCCCACCUCUGCUUGCCUCGACCCUCAGGCUUCUCCUGCGCCUGCCCCACUGGCAUCCAGUUGAAGCGAGAUGGGAAGACAUGUGAUCCCUCCCCCGAGACCUACCUGCUCUUCUCCAGCCGAGGCUCCAUCCGGCGUAUCUCGCUGGAUACCAGUGACCACACGGACGUGCACAUCCCAGUUCCCGAGCUGAACAAUGUCAUCUCCCUAGACUAUGACAGCGUGGACGGGAAGGUCUAUUACACAGACGUGUUCCUGGAUGUUAUCAGGAGAGCGGAUCUGAAUGGCAGCAACAUGGAAACAGUGAUCGGGCGUGGGCUGAAGACCACCGACGGGCUGGCAGUAGACUGGGUAGCCAGGAAUCUGUACUGGACGGACACGGGCCGAAAUACCAUUGAAGCAUCAAGGCUAGAUGGUUCCUGCCGCAAAGUGCUGAUCAACAACAGCCUGGACGAGCCUCGGGCUAUUGCCGUUUUCCCCCGGAAGGGGUAUCUCUUCUGGACCGACUGGGGCCACAUUGCCAAGAUUGAGCGGGCAAACUUGGAUGGCUCCGAGCGGAAGGUCCUCAUCAACACAGACCUGGGUUGGCCCAAUGGCCUUACCCUGGACUAUGACACCCGCAGGAUCUAUUGGGUAGAUGCACAUCUGGACCGGAUCGAGAGUGCUGACCUCAAUGGGAAGCUACGGCAGAUCUUAGUCAGCCAUGUCUCCCACCCUUUUGCUCUCACUCAGCAGGACAGAUGGAUCUAUUGGACAGACUGGCAGACCAAGUCAAUCCAGCGUGUGGACAAGUACUCAGGCCGGAACAAGGAGACAGUGUUGGCGAAUGUGGAAGGGCUUAUGGAUAUCAUUGUGGUUUCUCCUCAGCGACAGACAGGGACGAAUGCCUGUGGUGUGAACAAUGGAGGCUGCACCCACCUGUGCUUUGCCAGGGCCUCGGACUUUGUAUGUGCCUGUCCGGAUGAGCCAGAUGGUCGGCCCUGCUCCCUUGUACCUGGUCUGGUGCCCCCAGCUCCCAGGGCUACCAGCCUAAGUGAAAGGAGCCCAGUGCUACCCAACACACUCCCUACCACCUUGCGUUCCUCCACCACUCGGACCCGCACAUCUUUGGAGGAGGUGGGAGGAAGAUGCUCUGAAAAGGAUGCCCAGCUGGGCCUCUGUGCACAUUCCAAUGAGGCCAUUCCUGCUGCUCCAGGGGAAGGACUUCACGUCAGCUACGUCAUCGGUGGGCUCCUCAGUAUCCUGCUGAUUUUGCUGGUGAUUGCAGCUUUGAUGCUAUACAGACACAAAAAAUCCAAGUUAACUGAUCCCGGAAUGGGGAACCUGACCUACAGCAACCCCUCCUACCGAACUUCCACUCAGGAAGUGAAAAUUGAAGCAAUCCCCAAGCCAGCCAUGUACAACCAACUGUGCUAUAAGAAAGAGGGCGGGCCUGACCAUAACUACACCAAGGAGAAGAUCAAGAUAGUAGAGGGAAUCUGCCUUCUGUCUGGGGACGAUGCCGAGUGGGACGACCUCAAGCAACUGCGCAGCUCCCGGGGGGGCCUUCUGCGGGAUCACGUGUGCAUGAAGACAGACACAGUGUCUAUCCAGGCCAGCUCUGGCUCCCUGGAUGACACGGAGACGGAGCAGCUGUUGCAGGAAGAGCAAUCAGAGUGUAGCAGCGUCCAUACUGCGGCCACUCCGGAAAGACGGGGCUCUCUGCCAGACACAGGCUGGAAACAUGAACGCAAGCUCUCCUCAGAGAGCCAGGUCUAAAGGCCCAUGGUCCCUCCUCUCCCUCCCCGUUCCUUCUCCUCUAUGGACUUCCGGUCCUUGUGCUCACUUACACAACAGGCCCCCUUCCUAUGUGCUCGUCCUUCUCCUCCACCUCCCACCCCGUAACUGCUCCCGAGCCCUCAACCGGGAGCUGUUUCCACCCGAGUUCGUAACUACCUGUGCGGAAGAAAUGACGGUGCGUCCCGAAAAUUUAGACCUGGAUUUUACCACGAACCUCACCUCUUGCACACUCCAUCCUGAGCGCCUGAAACCAGGCGCGGUAAUGAUUCCUCAUCAGUACAGAGCUCCACCUCCCCUUUCCCUGGUACCCUGCCCCACGAGAACUGAUGACCCAACACUUCACUCUCCCCCAGCAGAGCCAGCCUGGCUGCUUCCCUGAGAGAACUUGCCCAUCAGGGGCUGGGGCAGGGGUCAAGGGUAAAGAGAGAGAUGAAGGAAAGAGAGAGGAAGGAGGAAUAAGCCCCGCUGGUCCGGGUGUCUCGGAAGCCUCCAGCCUCAAGUGCAUUGGUAAUAUGAGAAAGCUUUUAGGGGUGGUUGGGCUGCAUCUCCUGUCCAUUGCUGGCAAUGGAUAUUAUUCAUGCCCUAAGAGCUACUGGUUUUUUUGUUUUUUGUUUUUCGUUUUUUGUUUUUUCAGCUGCCAGUAUUGGUAAAAUCUGGGUGUGACUCAAGCUGUUCUUCCUCCUGCUAGAGUGUCUGGAAGCUUCUACCUUCCGAUGACAGGGUCUUUAUUGCAUGGCGGCUGGCUAAUAUGAAUUCCCCCGCUGGUACCACCACUGGCCAGUAUCCUUAUGUCUUUGACUCUAACUAACCAGGUUGUGAGCAGGGGUUUAAGUAAUGUGGGGCCCCAAGCGCUGAGUUUCUGCAAGGUCCAACCAGCGCUGCUUAGACCAAAAGUAGCAUAUCACCUGAACCUUAAUGUCCUGCCACUCUCUCCCCACUCAUUCUCUGGGAUUCUAAGCAUAGAGAUCCUGAAACACCUUCCAUAGAAGGGCCAAGAGUUUUCAUAAACAGGAAGAGAGAUUGGGUUUUAGACUUGGAGCACACAGGGCCUCAAGGGAAAUAUCCAUGAGGUUGAAGCUCCUGUGUUCUCUCUCAAGUGCUCAGGGAUCUAAGUUAGUGGACAGAGAACCUGUGGCUCUAGGGGUGGUGACGUUCCCAUUCCAACUCUCUUCCCCGCUACGUGAUGGGCUUUCCAGGCUGUGAUGCCAUCACUUGGCUUGUGCUCGUUCACACAAAGAGUGCGUGUCUCCUGCUAGGAUCAGCGGAUUGGAGAUAUUUUGUCUGCCCCAGACCUUCUAUAGACCCCUUCCUUUCCCCCCCAACUCCCUAAUUUGCUUUUUCUGACUUAGCCUUGUGGUGGUAAGGAGAGGGUUACAUCAAAACACAAAGUAGGGGGCAAAGAGUAGAAAGGGAGAACAACCAAUGAAGCCCUCUCAGCCUAGGGCAGAUCCAGACCCUUCCACCCAGGAACUGGAAGCAACAGGAGAGGAUGACGGGUUGAGAAGAGAGGGGAGGGCUUCUCGAGGAAGCUUCCCAAUUGGAAACAUCAUCUGUGGUUAUUGGUAUUGAGAAAUCAGCUGCCACAUGUGAAUGAAAAUGGAGAAGAGCAAGGCUUUUCUGGUCAGUUCUGAGGCUGCUAGAGACAGGUGCCAAGUCUUGAGCCCUACUGGUAAUAGCCAGCGCAGGUCUGGGCCCACACACAACAACCCGGCCAGGCCAGCAAGGCUUUGCCAGUACACACACACAGUGGGAAAGGCGAGGUGCCACUCAUGGGAGGAAAGGGAGAUAUUUCACACUUGACAGGACGGUAAAAAAAGGAGCACUUUGGGUUCUCAGAUUCAUGAUUAAGGAUGGGGAGAAAGUAGGAAAGUGGCAUUUUCUUGAUUGGAAAAGGGGAAGGAUCUUAUUGCACUUGGGCUGUUCAGAAUGUAGAAAAGACAUAUUUGAAGAAAUAUCUAUUUGAGCACUGAUUCACUAUGUAAAAAGCAAAACUUCUCUGUCCUAAACUAAUGGAAGUAAUUCUCCCGCACUCAUGUGUAAUGGUUUUAACGUUACUCACUGGAGAGAUUGGACUUUCUGGAGUUAUUUAACCACUAUGUUCAGUAUUUUAGGACUUUAUGAUAAUUUAAUAUAAAUUUAGCUUUUCUUAAUCACCGUGCCUGGCUUGGAGUCAUGACUAAUCACUGCACCCGCUCUGUCUGGCAGACCCAUGCUUUCGAAAAUCUUCUUGCGACAUCACCUAUAAGUCACUCAGGGAUGUGAGAACAGUGAGGAGCCAUAAAAGGUGUGAGGUUCCUGGCUGGAGGUUCAACUCAUCUUGAGAAGAGAGGUCAAGACCAGAGUUCAUUGGCUUCUGAAAUCCUUACUUCCUCUAGAACAGUGAUAGUAGAUGACAGUUGAGUGCCAAUUCUGAUUGAUUGAUUGAUAGUGGUUGCCCAAGGUCCUGUUGAGAUUCAACAGGGAAGGUGUCAUGAUUUUUAGUGACAUCUCCUUCAGGCACUGGAAAGAAGUGUCAUGGUUUAUAUACCAUGUAUCUUCUAUCUCUGUUCUAAGUCUAUGAGGACCUCUUUGUCCCAGAACUUGACUUUGCCUUGCCGUGAUAAUCACUGGCAAGACUGAUGUAGUAGGAAAAGGACUGGGUACAAAGAAGGUUCAUCACAGGCCCAGAUCUGCUACUAGCUUUUUUUUAUCUUAGUCAAGUUUCAUAAUUACUCUGACAAUGGAUCAAAUCAACAUUGAUUCCUUUUAUUUAGUUUUUAAUUUUUUUCCUUUUAUUUUUAAAAAGCUGCCUUCUCAUAAUUUAUACACUGCCUCUCAAGGCUAGGGCAGGGAGCUAGGGAUCCAUUCUCUGGUUUUCUGGACAUGACACCUCUUCAGUGACAACUGGGAAUCAUGGAAGUCUCGGUGCCAGAUGUGGAAUUGUAUGCCAAGUCUCCAUAGUUGAUUUUCUGAACCUCAAGCCUUUUAUGGAAUAGUGCUUCCUUUCAUUCCUUCAUCUCUUGCUGAGGGCCAAGCCCUGCCCAAGCCUGACCCACAGAGUUUAGACUUGAGCAACAGCUUACAUCCCUACUCUACACCCCCCAACAAAGAAAGAAAGACUGAAGCUUCUCGUAUUUAAAUAACAAUUCUGAGGGUAAUUUACAGUGCGUAAUUCUUCCAACUUGGUGAGGGGUAGGUGUGCUAGAACAGAAACAAGUGUUACAGCUCAAGGACAGCCAUCCCCUUACACCAUGAUUUUUUUUUUUUUUUAAUUCACACCAGAGAGGAAAAAGGAGGACAUUU